AGAUCCAAAAGCCGUCAUCAGACGGACGUCGCUACUUGGAAUUUGCCUGUGCCACCAUCAACGACGUACGCCCACGUCCCUACAGUAACCCUGACGUUUGAAAUUACGUCACCGUCGUUGACGUUAGAGUUUACCGGCCCACAACACAACACCCCCUCUCCAACUUAUAUAAUUACCCACCAUCCCACUGUUCCCCUUCCCCCCUUUCCUUUGCCCCUCUCUCCCACAAAACCAAACCACUCAUCAUGCAACAAGCGAUCCCAUAUAGAGGUUGGCUGCCCACCGCCGCCACUCCGCCUGGGAAUUCCAGCUCCGGCGGAGACACCAAAAGCGUGAGAAAACUGGUGGCGGAGAAUGCGGUGGUGGUGUUUGCUAGGAAGGGCUGCUGCAUGUGCCACGUGGUGAAGCUUUUGCUGCACGGACACGGCGUCAGCCCUACAAUUGUUCACGUGGAUGACCAAAACGAAGCUGAUGUCAUCACUGAAAUAUCGGAGAUCAACAGCGCCGCCCCGCAGUUUCCGGCGGUGUUCGUUGGCGGAGAACUGUUCGGUGGGCUGGAAGAGAUUAUGGGUGCUCAUAUCUCCGGCGAACUGGUUCCCAGGUUAAGACAAGCCAGAGCUUUAUGGCUUUGAGACUGAGUUUGUCUUUGAACUUCAGUAAUUUUGGAUUAAGACAGCAGAUUUAAACUUUUGUUUCUCUUUUUCUUUUUAAAUUUAUGUAAGGAAAAGAUGGAAAUGUUGUAGAUGAUGGAAAGAAAGAAAGCUUUGAUUGGAGUUUUGUACAUAGUAUUAUUACCUAACUCGUGCUUUGCGUGUCAUUUUU